UUAAGAAUGUCUGAGGGGCCAGGCGGUGCCGGCAAGAUGGCUGCGCUUGAGACGAUGACGUUUCCAGAGAAACCAAGCCACAAAAAGUACAGGGCUGCCCUGAAGAAGGAGAAACGAAAGAAAUGUCGGCAAGAACUUGCUCGACUGAGAGACUCAGGACUCUCACAGAAGGAGGAGGAGGAGGACACUUUUAUUGAAGAACAACAACUAGAAGAAAAGAAGCUAUUGGAAAGAGAGAGGCAAAGAUUACAUGAGGAGUGGUUGCUGAGAGAGCAGAAGGCAAAAGAAGAAUUCAGAAUAAAGAAGGAAAAGGAAGAGGCAGCUAAAAAAUGGCAAGAAGAACAAGAGAGAAAGUUAAAGGAACAACGGAAAGAACAGCAGAGGAAAGAUAGAGAAGAGGAGGACCAGAAACGACAGAAGAAAGAAAAAGAAGAAGCUGUGCAGAAGAUGCUGGAUCAGGCUGAAAAUGAGUUAGAAAAUGGUACCAUAUGGCAAAACCCUGAACCACCUGUGGAUUUCAGAGUAAUGGAGAAGGAUCGAGCUAAUUGUCCCUUCUACAGUAAAACAGGAGCUUGCAGAUUUGGAGACAGAUGUUCACGUACACAUAAUUUCCCAACAUCCAGUCCUACCCUUCUUAUUAGGAGCAUGUUUACAACGUUUGGAAUGGAGCAGUGCAGGAGGGAUGACUAUGACCCUGAUGCAAGCCUGGAGUAUAGCGAGGAAGAAAUCUACCAACAGUUCCUAGAUUUCUAUGAGGAUGUGUUGCCCGAGUUCAAGAACGUGGGGAAGGUGAUUCAGUUCAAGGUCAGCUGCAAUUUAGAACCUCACCUGAGGGGCAAUGUAUAUGUUCAGUACCAGUCAGAAGAAGAAUGCCAAGCAGCCCUUUCUCUGUUUAAUGGACGAUGGUAUGCAGGACGACAGCUGCAAUGUGAAUUCUGCCCAGUGACCCGGUGGAAAAUGGCGAUUUGUGGUUUAUUUGAAAUACAACAGUGUCCAAGAAGAAAACACUGCAGCUUUCUUCAUGUGUUCAGAAAUCCCAACAAUGAAUUCUGGGAAGCUAACAGAGACAUCCACUUGUCUCCAGAUCAGACUGGCUCCUCCUUUGGCAAGAACUCCGAGAGGAGGGAGAGGAUGGGCCACCACAACCACUACUCCAGCAGGCUGCAGGGAAGUAGAAGCCCUAGUCCAGACCACUCCUACAAAAGAAAUGGGGAAUCUGAGAGGAAAAGGAGUAGUCACAGGGGGAAGAAAUCUCACAAACGCACAUCAAAGAGUCGGGAGAAGCACAAUUCACCAAGCAGCAGAAGAAACAGGCACCGUAGCCAGGGCCAGGGCAGCCAGAGCCAGAGCCGCAGGAGCCACCACAGCUGGAGCCAAAGUUCCUCUAGGUCCUGAAGUCGUGGCAGGAGGAGGUUGGGUAAUAGAGGCAGAACUGUUCAGAGCCCCAAAUCCAAAUAAACUUGUUUAAAAAAAAAAAAAAAGAAGAAGAAGAAAAAAAAGACUAGGCAAGGCACGGUGAUCCUGUAAUCCUGUAAUCACCUGUAAUCCUGGCACUUUAGGAGGCUGAGGUGGGUGGAUCACUUGAGGUCAGGAGUUUGAGACCAGCCUGGCCAACAUGGCGAAACCCUGUUUCUACUAAAAAUACAAAAAUUCGCCA